UAGAUGUGUGAAAAGUGUUCACGGCAUUUAUAAUGAAAGGGUUAGUUUUCUAGUAAUUUUUUAUGAUGUUGAAUUCAAUGAGCCAGCGAAGAAGAACAAAUUCAGGAGUGCGAUGCACGUACGAAAAAAUUUAACGACCUUCAGAUUUCGUUCGCUCUAAUGACGCUCACGACAGAAUAAUCUAAUAAAGUCAAAAGAGUCAACGCAGCCCAAAUUGAUUUUGUCAGGUGGGGAUGAAAAUUUAAUGAUGUCUGAUGGUGCUGUUAGAGCCGGAUAUUUUAAGAAAAUUGACCUGUGAUGUUUACAAAAUCCCCUUGGGGAGAUUAUGUUAUGGUUUUGGCGAUGUUCUAGGAGUGUUAUCGUUUUUAUAACUGGCCACUAGACGAUAAACGGAAGUUAAAUCCCAUGAGUAAUUGCAAUCUUUGUUCCCCUACGGGGAAAAUACUCGUUACACUGGCACUGUUUUGACUAUAUGCAUUCACCAGUGACAGCACGGAUAGCUGAUACGAUAGGUUCAAGAAAUAAUUUAUUUGGAAGAACAUCUAAUUUUCUGAGGCUGAGCGAUUCUUAUUUUUGGAGCGUUCUAAAGGCUGAAAAUGCUGCCUGAAAUAUGCGCAUCACUGGAGAGGAUGUAAGGACUCCAUUAUGAGUCCAUUGCUGCUGUACACCGCUGUCCUCCUAACCGUGGUCGCCAGUAGCCGUCAGAUCCACCUCAGCGUCCUGUUACCUCUCAGCGACGGGGCAUGGGAGGUGGGGCCUGUCAUUGUACCCACUAUCGACCACGCCCUUAGCCAUAUCCGAAGCCUACAGUUGCUCUCAAGUUAUAACAUCACCUACUACGUCAACGACAGCAAAUGUGACUCAGCCACUGCGUCUGGGAUUACCGCUGAUCUAUGGGCAUCGCAGCCUCGGCCUGAUGUGUUCAUAGGCCCCGGGUGUUCCAGCGCGUGUCUAAGCGCAGGUUUAUUGGCGGGUUACUGGGGCGUGCCCAUGAUAUCCUACUCUUGCUCUUCAUCCGAUCUAACCAAUCGGAAGCUAUAUUCGACGUUCGUCAGGACGCAGCCGUUCAGCCGCUCAUACGAGGCGAGCACGCCGGGGUUACUAAGGUUUUUAAUGAAUAGUUUUAACUGGAAGCGAGCGGCGAUUAUUGCGAACUACGCAUCGUCGGGCGAACUAAUUUGGGAACCAAUGGCAAGCUCCGUCAGGAAAGAGUUUUUAAAAUACGGAUAUACUGUGGCGUACUACAAGGCUCAUUUGUCGAGCCCUCAGCAAGACAAAAAGGAUGAGCUGUUAGAUUUGCUGCGGGAAGCUAAGAAAAAAGCUAGAAUCAUCUUCAUCUUUGCAAACCUGAUCCGGACCAAAGACUUCAUGACCGCCGCGCGCUCCCUUGGAAUGCUCAACGGGAGCUUCGCCUUCAUAGCAAUAGACUUCUACAUCACGCCAGACUCACAAGAUCACACGCGUGCUUUCGAUGGAAUCAUAACGCUGACCGUCAAUAAAAGCUCGCGGGCGGAAAUCGAUCGAUAUGCUAAUGAUCUAAAUCAAUCAUACCCCUACUUGGCGAAUCAGGGGAGACUUGACACGUCAGCAAAGACGGCGCCAUAUUUGUACGACGCCGUACUCCUCUAUGCACAUGCGCUGAACCGAACACUUCAAGCCGGCGGCGUAAUAAAUGAUGGGAUUGGUCUCGUCAAGAGAAUGAUGACAAGCUCCCCCAUGUUUGAAGGGAAGACCGGCCCAGUAACCAUCGACCCCAAAGGCAACAGGGUACCCGUGUUCGUGUUCGAGAAUAUACAAAACGGAACCAACGUGCGCCUGUUGACGAUGCCGUCUAACUAUCACAACAUGUCAGCGGUUACACCCCUGAGGGCCGUCUGGCCAGGGGGAGGCAUGGAGCAGCCGGAUGAUGACCCCCCUUGCGUUUUUAAAAGCUGCUAUACUCGCCCAAAUUACGUCAUCCCCACGACGACGGCGCUUGGUGUACUGAGUCUGUUGUCAAUUAUUGGCGGGAUUUUCUUCUUCAGGAAGCGAAGAUAUGAGAACGACUUGCUUAGUCGUUCAUGGAUAAUAAACUAUGACGACAUUCAACCUGUCAACAUGGAUACAAGAUUCGCCAGCAAGGAAUCAUCCAAAGGGAAGGUGAUUAAAGAUUUCAGCUAUGAUAAUCAGUCGCGAUGCUCCCGCAUUACCGAUAUGCUCCAGUAUCAGCGGUCAUCCGUCAGAGACGUAGGACGGUACAAGGGUGAGCUAGUAGCGCUAAAAAUGCUUCGCAAGGAUUCCUUGACCCUCACAAGAGACAUGCUAAUAGAGAUGAAACAGGUACGCGACAUUCAACACACGAAUUUGCUGCACUACAUCGGAGUUUGCACGACGCCUCCAAACAUCUGCAUCGUGUCGCAGUAUUGCCACCGUGGAAGCCUUCAGGAAAUUCUGGCAAACGAUGAAAUUAGUCUUGACUGGUUUUUCCGAGAAUCGUUCGCUAAUGACAUUGCCAUGGGUAUGCACGUGAUACAUACGAGCUCAAUCCACGUGCACGGCGACCUUCGCUCCUCGAAGUGCUUGAUUGACAGCCGAUGGGUUUGUAAGGUCGCGGACUUUGGACUCAACCUGCUUAAAGCCAACCAGAGGCCAGACCCUGAAAUUGGUGUACAUGCGCAAUACUCAAGGUUAUUCUGGAGAGCGCCCGAGCUCCUACAGAAUGAGAAGUCUACCAACAAACCCGUCCCUACCCAGAUGGGUGACGUGUACAGCUUCGGUAUUAUCCUCAACGAGCUUUUAACACGCGAAGAGCCUUAUGCAACCACUGAAUUUGCUCCGAUAGAGGUAAUCGAGAGGAUCCGUUGUCAUUUGAAUCCUCCAUUUCGACCCGAGACGCCAUUUGAGAUCCGCAACAGAAGCGUGACAAAACUGAUGACACAAUGCUGGAACGACGAUCCUCAGGCGAGACCGACAUUUAGCGACAUCAAGAGACAACUUCGGUUACUCAAAGAGGGCAAGUCUUCUAUUGUGGACAACAUGCUAAGACUGAUGGAGAACUACACGGAGCAGCUAGAGACGAUCGUUGACGAACGCACCCGACAACUGGCCGACGAAAAGGCGAAAACCGACGAGCUACUGUACAAGAUGCUACCAAGAUACAUCGCCGAGUCGUUGAAGCGCGGGGAACCAGUGAUCGCAGAGAGUUAUUCCUCUGUCACCAUCUUCUUCAGUGACAUUGUCGGGUUCACGGAACUGGCGGCCGCGAGUACGCCGUUACAGGUGGUCGAUUUACUGAACGAUCUCUACACGUGCUUCGAUACCAUCAUCGACAAACAUGACGUCUAUAAGGUUGAGACAAUCGGUGACGCGUACAUGGUAGUCUCUGGGCUCCCUGUGCGUAACGGCCACAGGCAUGCUGGCGAGAUAGCGACUAUGGCACUUAAUCUCCUGAGCAGUAUGGGCAACUUCCGGGCCCGUCACCUCCCGAAUAGACCCAUUCACCUCAGAAUCGGCAUUCACACAGGCUCGUGCGUGGCGGGGGUGGUUGGGCUCAAGAUGCCUCGCUAUUGUCUGUUUGGAGACACUGUCAACUAUGCAUCCAGAAUGGAGUCUACCGGCGUCGCGCAGAGGAUACACGUGAGUCCUGAGUGCAAGCGCGCACUUGAUGAGCUGUGCGGAUAUCACCUCCAAGAGCGAGGCUCGGUGGAACUCAAGGGAAAAGGUCAUGUAACAACCUACUUUCUGAAUGGAAAAGAUGGCUUUGUCGAAGUGCUUCCAGACCCGAGCGGAUGCUCAUCUGAUACCUCGCUGGUCUGAUUGGUAGUAAAAACGGAAUCAAAACUAGGGUUGCGAAGAGCAAAAAAACGAUGUUUCGGGCUGAAGACGAGGAAGACUGGUGCGGGCUCUCUUUCCUGGUCUCCACCAGAAAAGUGCAUCAUUUACUGGUUGCGUGAAUUGACUUAGGCCAGUUCCAAACCAGCUCCACUGCUAGAUUGAUCCUCUAAAAAGCGGGCCUGUGGCAGGACUAGAAUUUCCUGGGACAUAUCGUUACCUCGCUCCAAUGUGUAGUUCCAGAAAAUUUACAUACCCCCCCCCCCCCCCCCCCGGAGGUAUGACCGCCCACCCCUGUGAAAUUUCCAACCCCCUGGAAAAAAAGACAUAACUGUUAAGGAAAAAGGGCAUUUUACCUUCCCCCUCCCCUCUGGAAAUUCCUGGGCGUUUGAGCCCACCACCCCCCUGAAAUUUCCAAUAACCUCAAUAGGGGGGGUAUGGAAAUUUUCUGGAACUACACAAUAUUGAGAAUGUAAUGAGAAUUACCCAGAAAGCUUUUGAGACGGGGGUUGGACACACCGAUCAUGAUAAUGGACCAGAAGGUUCGCUUUGUGAACCAAUCAUGAACAUGUAGCAAACGUGCAAAAACAAACAGUAACCAAGUAAUCAUGGACCACAGAGAAGUCAAACUUAUGGGCUUCCUGUGGACCACAGAGAAGUCAAAUUUAUGGGCUACCUGUGGACCACAAAGAUGUCAAACUUACGAACUACCUGUGGAUCAGAUAGUAAAAGGCUAGAGUUUGAGACAGCUUAAAACCAAAAAUUACUACUAUAAUAUUUACGUGAAGUUAGUGAAAUAUAGCUCUUUAACAUAUAAUCAUAUAUCCAUUUUUUACAUAGUCCAUUUAAAAAAAAAUACCUGAGGAAAUCAUGGCAUUUGAUUCUCGAAACAUCAAAUUCUGUUUUGUACAUAAUAUUUUAUUGCUAAUACUAUAUCAAAAUCAAA